AUGGCUGGUCGUUGCAUAAUAUCAUCUACAAUAGUAUUUUUUGCUGUUGUCAUCAUUGUAUUAGGUCUUAUACCAGUUUACUUACGGAGCGGAAAGCAAACUACAACACCAGCGUCAAAUACAGUCGCUAAUUUACUGCAAGAAUCAUUAAAUGCAAUAUCUUUGUAUCCUGAGGGCACAUACAAGGCAAAGAUCUCUGAAUUCACUCAGUCAACCGAUACAAAUUUCUCAUUUCUUUUGUUGAAUCAAACCAUAUUAAAUCAAAUUGGCACGAUCGACAAUACUUCAUUCAUUUUUGAAGCUGGUCGUGAACAGUUUCUUUAUUUUCGUAUUCCUGAAGCUGCUGCUUUACAACGAAGCACAUCCAGUCUUACUGGCAUAGGCAUAUACUUCGGUCAGAAAACUGAUAAUUUAAAUAUCGUUCCAAUUAGCACUCAAGUACAACCAUCAUUCGGUAUUAAUAUUAUUCCAACAAAUCUACCCGAUAGAUCGAAGUUGCUACGUGUGCAAAUCUCAACUGAUUCAACAAUGUGUUCUCAACAGGGAAUUUCGGACUCUUGCACUGAUAUUGAGUAUAGUGCUUAUUUAGUAUCAGAUAAUACGCAGUUGUCAGCUUCUCCUAUCACGAAUCGAGCGAAUGUCGCUUGUGGAGACAUCUGCAGUAGUUCGAGUAGCUAUUCAGCCUGUUCAGCAUCGUGUGGCUCUCAGUGUGAUGGCAAUCAGGUUGCUGGUGCCGAUGCGCCUGUCUCUCGACGUUAUAAUCUAGUUCGAAAAAAUGCAGAAUUUGAAUUUUUGUAUAAUACAAUACAGGUAAAAGAUAGAAUGAAAGUCUUUAAUGGCGAGAAACUGUUAUUCGACAGUGGAUGUGUUGGCACCAUGAGUCAUCAAAGUGUUUAUUUGAUAUUAUCAAAUGGCGGCAAUAUCCAUGUUGAUGUUGAACCGAAUUGUGCUUGUCAACAGAUUGCCGGUUGUACAGGAACAGCGUGGGAUUUUACAGUUGUUUGUCCUGAUCAAUGCAAAUCAGAAAACAGCAAAGCUAAUGAUCAGUAUAACAUAAAAUUACGAUCGAGUGGUAGAGAUAUUUCAAAUGAUGGGACACUCUAUAUUAAUGACGACGCCGAAAUGCCACCAUUAAUUGCUUUAUCUUGUGAAUCAGUUUUAUGGGAAGUAUCAUUUAAUUACCAAGCCGCAUUCACAGGUGCAAGAAGUUUCUCCAAAAAGGUGAAUGGUCAAUCAUCGGGAUCGGAAUCAUUUGAUAUUGUUAGAUCUUUAGCAAAUGAAACACUUGGGGGCAGCGUAACAGCAAAAUGGACUGUUGUUUCAACGAAGGAAAGCGGUAAGAUCUCAUUCAAAAUACUUGGUCGCCCACUGGCCCAACGAACUGUCAUGGCGUAUAUCGAGGCCCAUACUGACUUAUGGUAUGCAAAAAAAAUAGCAGCACAAGAGAGCGAAGGUAGACAGGAGUUUUUACCUAAUGGUUAUCCACUUUUCUCGAAUGCAAAAGAUAAUGGUUACGGUAUUUAUCAACUCACAAACCCACCACCUACUUAUAACGAAGUCUGGAAUUGGAAAGCAAAUGUUCUUAGUGGGAUUGCUCUUCUCAAAAAUAAAGCAAAGGAAGCGAAUUCAUGGAUGACUAGACAACGCCAACAAGCUAAAAUUCAAACUAAUAGAGAACAACCUGUAGAUGACGAGCGAGUUGGACUGAAUUGUUUCUUUUCUGAUAAUAGUACAAGAAAGAUUGAAGAUACGGUAGCUAUUAAACUAUUUAGUCGUGCCUCAAACGGUCACUACUGCUCUUGGAACAACACUAUUGCAAAAUGGAAAUUUAAUCGUGUGAACCAUAGAAAUGAAAGUUAUGUUCUAUUGGUAUGCAAUCAAAAUGUUUAA